AUGGAGUCCGAUACCUCCCACGAACCAACUUUGGCAGAGUCGCUGACUCCAGCACCAUACGGAAGUGCAUGCGUGGCGUGCUCCCGAGGCAAAUGCAAAUGUUUCUAUCGGUCUGAUGGUUCGGGAUGUGAGAGAUGCCAUCGUCUUGGCAAAGCUUGCGAACAGACGGCGUCUAUACGCAAACGCAGGACUCAAAAGGCUUCCUCUCGAUCAGUGCAGCCGCCACCACCCAGGAAUCUACUGGAAGAGAAGCUGGACAAUGUGCUAUCCAUUUUGCGCUCCCAGGCAUCCACCAAACAGCUUGUCGAACAAACCCUCGAAGGUGAACCAAGUAAUAACACCACUCUAUCGAACACAGACUCGCUGCAUAAUCCUAUCACUCCAUCGAUUGCACGUGGUCCAGAAGUCGUUAUUGACACGACUGAAAGCGUUGUCCAUCUAUUUCGGCCAGUCGAGAGCCCAGAUGAUUCACCGUCGAGCGCUACUAGCCCUCAAUUACUAAUUGCUGGCGAUGUGCCUAUUCAUGGCAUCACGGCUUUGAAUGCUGAGGAGCAAUUGGCAACAUUUCGUCGUGCUUUUAUCCCCGCAUUUCCAUUUAUUCAUAUUCCAACCACAACAUCUGCUUCAGAUUUAUAUAGGGAGAAGCCUUUCGUUUGGCUUGUCAUAAUCGCCUUGACUACGAAGGUCGUCUCAAAGCAGUUCGAUCUUGCAGACCAUAUUUGGAAAAUCAUCUCCCAACGAGUCUUAUGUGAACAUCACGCAAAUGUAGAUCUCCUUCUCGGUAUAAUUUGCUUUGCCUCUUGGUCCCAUUACUUUAAAAAAGACAAACCCUUCAUGACCAUGCUUACCCAGAUGGCCGUGUCCAUGGCGUUUGAACUUGAUUUACACAAAGAUACAACCCCUGGGAUAUCACCACGUGGCAAACCUAGCCGUCUGUUAACCCGCCAGACAUAUGCACGGCCCGUUCGAACCAUAGAGGAACGUCGCACAUUUGCUGCAUUGUACUAUCUUACCUCUGCUACGUGGGCAGCGUACAGAAAAACAUAUCCGCUCGAUUGGACACUGUACUUGGAGGAUUGUGCUCGAGUUUUGAGCCAAGGGGUUACGAUAUUUUAUCUGCUCAGCACCGAACUGAAAAUAAAAGAAUUCUUUCUGAGGCAUAAGGAAAGUAAUAAUCAACAUAAUGGAAUUCAAAUUCGAAGAGUUCAAGAUCUCGAAUCGGCUCUGGCCGUAAUUGAACACUUGUUAGCUGUGUUUGACGAUCUACCGAUUCUCGAUUGGGUUGGUAUUAGUGUUGAUUACGUUACUCAGCUUACUCACUGCCUCGUGGUUCUCUUCAAGCUCAACACGCUCAAAGAACCCGGCUGGGAUCUAUUCGAAACUAGGAAACGUGCUGAUGUGAUUCAAAUUCUUGAUCAAUAUUACGAGAAGGCUGAACGUGCAUCGGAGAUAAUUGGGAUAGUGGAGAUGGCUACGAACAUGGCCUAUCUAAAUUUAGAAGAGGAUAUCGCAGAAGAGCUUCCUGGUCUAACUACAGAUAAUAUUGUUCCGGAUGAUCUUGUUAUGAGCUUAGCCCAAGAGUCAUGGCUUUCUGACUUGAUUGAGGAUCCCUGGGAUUAUGUUAGUCAACUAAAUGAGACUGAAUAUUGUUUUUAA